UAGACCCAAACCCUAAAACCUAGGGAUCUUGUCCCAUCCACUCGUCGCCGCCGCCACUCCACCGAAUCCACAUCGGGAUCCCACCUACCCAAAUCACCGCCGCCAUCUUCCCUUGUUUUCAGCGCCACCCAAUCAGCAGCAGCGCCCGAGCGCUCCUCUCUACACCGGCAUCCCCGUCCUGAACCUCAUCGUCGCCGCGCACCCUCCCUUGAUCCAUCGCCCGGGGCCGUUUCCACACUGGAUGAACACCAGGCCAGUCCCAUGCCCCCUCUCCUGCAUCUCACUCCUCUGCUCAUCUCUCUCUCUCUCGGAGCUCUCAAAUCCCCUCCUUUGCUUCUUAUCGCAGGAAUCGAACGCAAUCGCCGAACGCCAUGGCCGCCCUCGCCUACUCACUUUGUUCCUGGACCUCCUGCGCCUCGUCACCCGCGUCUAGCGCCGCCAUGGAUUCGCACCAAGUCCUCAUCACCAGGCCGACCCCGUCCCCUUCUGUUCGUCUCGAGCGUCAAGCGCAGCUGCCUCCUCUGCCGACUUGCUCCCCGCCGAAUCCGGUGGCUCGUAGCACCACCGCCGCCGUCGCCUCAAGUCCCUGCCGCCGGCGCCGCGAAGUCCUGAUGAAGCCGCAGCUCCAUUUGGUGCCUCUGCCUGUGACCAACGCCGUCGCGCCUCGAGCCAUCGUCGGCGAGCUACCGUACCAACAGCAGUUUUCUUCAGGGAGUAGCUCCGCCAUCCGCGACCUCUUCUCCGGCAAGAUCUGCUCCGCUGCUGCUGCACCGCGUCGGAGACCAGCCGCUUCUCGCGCCGCCGGCAAGCCCCUGCCUCCUUGCUCGCUUUGCCCCGCGUCGCUCCCAAGUACCGUCGCCGCCCUGCUGCCAUGUCCCGCCGCGCAGAACUGCUGCGUUCCUCUGCUUCUUCAGUUAGAACACGAGCGAGCCAAGCCGCGUUGACUCUUUCGAUCGAGCCAAGCGGGCCGACCCAGCGCGCCCCUGCCGGCCUCUCCCUCUCCACCCACUAGGGCUUGGACCAGUGGUGAGCAGCCGCCCACCUACCCCUGUGCGCUGCUGGGCUGCCAGAUUCGGCCUGUUCGUUUUUUUCUCUUGUCAACGAUUUGUUAAUUUCUCAUAGCAUUGCAUAUUUACAGAUUUUGCCCCUAUUUUAAACUGCUAAUAACUUUUGAACCUUGCAUCCAAAUAAAAUAUGUCAUAUAUGAAACAUGCUUAGAAAUUCAUCUAGUUUCAUAAUAUGUCACUCUCAUCCAUGUUUAAAAUGUUGUUUGUUUAAAUUUGCUUAAAUAACUUGCUAAAAUGCUUUAAUUCAUAACUAAAAAACCGUAACUCGGAAUUUAAUAAU